UUCCAACAAAAUCACCGGUUUGUUUAUAACUAAACUGAAUUAAAAAUGUCUGUGGAAAUCCUUAAACAAGGCGCCGAAGGACGUCUAUAUCUGGGCGACUUCAAAGGAGAACCCUGCCUGAUUAAGGAGCGUUUUGUGAAGAAGUACCGCCACCCGGAACUGGACACCCAGAUCACGCGGCAGCGGAUGAAAGCCGAGGCCAAGGCGUCGGGAAGAUGUCUUGCCGCUGGAAUUUUGGCCCCAAAAAUCCUCCACUCGGAUCUAAAUACCCACAAGUUGUAUAUGGAAUACUUUGACAAGGCCAAAACAGCCAAGCAGUUAAUCCAGGAGAUAGUGGCUAGCCAAGCCGAGGAGCAGGCAAAGAAAUCCCUGCUGGAGUUCUGCACGAGGAUCGGUGGAAUCAUUGGAAAAAUGCACUCCAAUCACAUAAUUCACGGGGAUCUGACCACCUCGAAUAUCCUUAUUGAUCCUAAGGGAGGGGAUUAUGAUAUUGUACUGAUAGAUUUCGGUUUGAGUCACUAUAAUCAGGCCACCGAGGACAAGGGAGUGGAUCUGUAUGUCCUGGAAAGGGCUUUAAUCAGCACCCACAGCGAGCAGCCUUUUCUUUUUGAAAACAUCUUAGCAGAAUAUCGCAGGACGUGCGGAAAGGACGAGCAGGCCGUGCUGUCCAAGUUCGAGGAGGUGAGAGCCCGAGGACGCAAGAGGACUAUGAUUGGUUAACAAUAAUAAUAAUAAACUUUAAUGUUGAACUUA